CGUGCACGCUCGAGGCCGCCUCUGAACUUCUGAAGACCCUGCUUCAUCAGGAAAUGGACCCAGACCAGGGGUAACUAAUUGUUAAGAUUCUGGCAGAGAGUAGCCGGGCAUCACUAUCUAGAACCCACUGUACGCUAGUUGACAGGAGGAUCCGACUCCUGCAGCGGGUGGAGCCCGAUACCAACUUAGGUUAAGUGGGGUGGCCGGCGCACUCCAUGUAGCCCCUUUGGCUUUCUUUCCUCGUUCAGCUCAACAAAGUCACCUCUGCGAUCGAGAUGCGCAUCCCUAUCAAGAUAUCGGUCGUCCUCUGGGCGAUUGGUCUGGUGACGCUCUUUGGCUAUGUGACUUCGCGCCUACUCUCCUUCGCGCAUAUCUUCUUCCAACACCAAGGGAUCGCGUUCACCCAAGGCGAGGUCGCGGCGGCCUACGCCGCUGCCAACGCCUCCGAGACCGCCAAAAAGCAGCACAUCCAAUAUAUUCCGAAACUCAUCCACCAUGUCUUCCACAAUUGGCACGACCCCGGGAACGACGUGCUGCCGAAGGAAUGGGCUGAGAUUCGGAAGGGGUGUAUGGAUCUGAACCCAGACUUUGAGUUCAGGCUAUGGACCGAGAAGGCGUCGCGCGACUUCAUCGAGAGGGAAUACCCAUGGUUCCUACGCACGUACGAUGGCUAUCGAUAUCCUGUGCAGCGCGUCGACGCGGUCAGGUACUUCUUAAUGCUGCAUUAUGGCGGAAUCUACAUGGAUCUGGACAAUGGUUGCAAAACUAGUCUCACUCCUCUCCUCUAUUACCCGGUCUUUGUCACCGACGGCGGCCAGGGCGCCUUGAGCAACAAUAUCCUCGGCUCCCGACCACACCACCCUUUCUGGAACCGUCUGACGCUAUCGCUGAUCCCGUAUGACUGGAAGUGGCCUCUGCCGUACGUCACCAUUAUGUAUGCUAGCGGCCAGUGGUUUGAAACGGCCAUCUGGGAGGAAUACCAUUCCUUGCUGCCGAAGCCGGAGAAGAAUCCAGAACACGAGCACCGCCUAUAUCGCAUCAUGAUGGAUGGCAGGCCCGGUGCUGCCCCGUGGGUAUUCUUCAGCCACAGCGGUGGUGGAACUUGGAACAACUGGGACAACAGGCUGUUCGGAGCCAUUGGCAACCACCUCUUCCUUUUCUUCGCGAUUCUCCUUGGCGGCAUCGGGCUGCUUGGCUGGGUGGGCUUGCGGUUGUUCCGGCGGUACAUGGGCGGUUACACCCUCUUGACGAACCGUCCUGCAGGCAGCGAGGUCUAAGCUUGUAGUUCCCGACGUGGAACACAACAGGAGAUACUCAAGUCCCCUCGAGGUCUCUGGUCGGAAAUACUCUCAUGCCAGGCUCAAUGAUGAUACCCAACGGCAAGGCCGAUGCUCCAGGCAUUGUAUUCCCGAGGCGUGUGCUAGCCUCAGCGGCCGCCAUCCCUAGCGCCAUCCCCCCUCCCACUUCGUCCAGGGGCGGUUUUAGCCAUGACGACACACCCAGCAGUGCCAACCUUUUCCAGCGCUUGAUCCGCUAGAUCCACAAUCACUGACAUCUCUACGCUUGUGUUUGGACGCCAUGAGGGGUUCUGAAGUUGCGAUCACAAGCAUCUCAAUUACGGCAAACCUGUCCAUGGGCAGCCAGCGUUACCGGCUCCGCUCGGCUAUUGCCAUUCAUAAUCUACCUACUUUGACUUUUCACGAAAGCGGGGGAAGUCGUGGGCGA